AUGAAGAAGGCAGGAAAUCCUGUUACAAAUCGUGCUGCAAUAAAGAAGUUGCUUGAUUCACUCCCCAAGGAAUGGAGCCUACAAUGCAUGAUGAUCAAGAAGGAUUUCCUCAACAAUCCUAAUCAUGUCACUCUGUCAGAUCUGAUUAACACCCUAAGAGCCUUUGAAAUGGAUGUUAACAAGAGAGAGAUGAACACUGCUGGAUAUCAACCUAAGUCAACUCAACCUUCAGCUGGAUUGAAGAAUGUGGCAUUUCUCGCUUCAGGGGGCAUCACUCCACAAGCUUCUGACUUAAUUUACGCGAACGCUUCCGCAAGCGCAUCAAAAGCCCCACAACUUAUUGAGAAGACUAUCACUGUUGAUACUCAAGCGUUCAAAGUAUCCACUGAAAAUGUGGCACUCUUCAACACAUUUCUGAGCAGCUACGAAGCCCUAAUGUCUGGGGAACUGAAAAAGGAGAUGUUUACUGCUGAAGACAUGUAUCAGAAAUUUCAAGACAAGAUAGGCAAGCGUUUGGGUCUUGGAAAAGCUGGCUUUGACAAAUCUAAGCUGAGGUGCUACAACUACAAGAAUCUAGGACACUUCAAGCGCGAUUGUCCUCUGUUGAAAGAAGGAAACAGUGAAGCUACUCCUGCUGUUAAGCAAAUCACAGUUGAAGAGAACAAAAACAAUGCGUCUCCCAGCACGCCAAAAGCUUUAGUCGUUGAAGACUAUGAUUGGAGUGAAGAAAUCACUGAGGCAAAGGAGCAAGUUAACAAAGCCCUGAUGGCCAAGAUCUCAGGUGGAUCAUCUGCCAGGCAGUUUGAGAAGCAGACAGCUGGAAUUCCGACUGGAGACAAUGCUGCUGACAAGGGAUUGAAAAGCAUUCUUACUUCUGUGGAGACAUGUGAUCAAGCAGAAAAGCAUGUUGCUAAAGAAGCAUCUGAGAAAGGCAAGGAUAAGGUCCAAGCAGCAGCCAUGAAAGCAGACUCAUCAAAAGAAAAGGCUGACAAGGACUUGAAAAACAAUGUUAAGGAUGAAUGUAAUAAUUUAAGUAGGAAGGAUGACUGUAAUGGCCAAGUGCCUAAAUUUAAAUCCUUGGAUGACUGUAAGGGCCAUGUGCCUACAUUUGAGACCUGUGAUCGUGAACCUUAUGUGUCUGAUUGUCAUGAUUUGAAUUAUGCGUGUUGUGAUGAUAAAGUUGCUUGUGAAUCUCCUGUAUUUGUGCCAGAAUUAAAAAGGAAUAGCUUUGGAAAAUUCCUUACAAAGGAAAUUCCCGAAUUUAUUCCUUCUAGAACAGGUAUGACAGAAUCAGAAAGGAGCGUCACUGAAAACCAAGAUAAAGAAGAUUCAAGCGUCACUACCACAGAAGACGAACAAACAUCAGAAAGUUCAACUGAAGAUCAAACAACUGGUGAUGAAAGCUUCGAGUGUUCAAGUUAUGAAGCAAGUGAAGAACAAAGUUCAAGCGAGGACAACACGUCUGAAAGCUCACUCGAUUCAGACAGUGAUGAAGAACAUCAAGAAGAUGAAAGCAGAAAUAAACUCCAGAAAUGGCUUCGGAUGCUCAUGGAAUACAUCUGGCACGUAGACAGCGGAUGUUCAAGACACAUGACUGGAUUGAAGGAACUGCUGAAAAACUUCCGCUUUAUUGAUGGUGAUUUCGUGUCUUUUGCUGGCGACGAAAAGGGAGGAAAGAUUGUUGGAGUAGGAGAUGUGGUGUCCGAAGCCCUCACGCUGGAAAAUGUCAACUAUGUUCCUGAGCUGUGCUAUAAUCUCAUGAGCGUUUCUCAAGUGUGUGAUAAAGGAAUCUCGGUGCUGUUCAAUGACAUGGAAUGCUUGUUCCUGAAGCCCGGUUAUGUUGUUCCUGCAAAAAUGAUCAUGCUCACUGCUCCAAGACAGAACAACACAUACGUGCUCAACAUGAAAAAUGCCAAGACAAAUGACAACUUGACAUGCUUAAUUUCUAAAGCUUCAGAAUCGGAGUCACUGCUUUGGCAUAGACGACUGGGCCAUGGAAAGCAGCAUAAGAAACCUCACAAGUCCAAAGCAGUGAACACGAUUUCUGCACCACUUCAAUUGUUGCACAUGGAUCUUUUCGGUCCUAUCAGUGUUAAAAGUCUUGCUAAAAGCUCUUAUUGUUUGGUUGUAACAGAUGAUUACUCUCGGUUUUCAUGGGUAUAUUUUCUUGAAGCAAAGAGCGAGACAGCUGAAGUGUUAAAAUCAUUCAUUCCUCUGAUUGAGAACGUGACCAAGCUGAAAGUGAAGUCUAUCAGAAGCGACAAUGGGUCCGAGUUCAAAAAUCAGACCUUCAUAUCAUUCUGUGCAGAAAAAGGAAUUCAUCUUCAAUAUAGUGCAGCUAGAACUCCCCAACAAAAUGGAGUUGCUGAACGCAAGAAUAAAACGCUGAUCGAAGCUGCAAGAACCAUGCUGGUGGACUCCAAGCUUCCAAUUAUCUUCUGGGCAGAAGCAGUUAAUACGGCAUGCUACGUUCUAAACAGGGUGCUCAUCAUGAAACCUCAUGGAAAGACAGCAUAUGAGCUUCUCUUCAAAAGAAAGCCACUUAUAGAUUUCUUCAGACCAUUCGGAUGUUCGUGCACUCUUUUAAACACUCAAGAAAAUCUCGUCAAGUUUGAAGCAGUGGGCGAUAUCUGCUACUUUAUGGGGUAUUCAUCCACACAGAAGGCUUACCGUGUUUACAACAAAUGA